CCAACAAAAAGCCCUUUCAUCAGUCGAUCUCAUGAUUCUCCUCCGUCUCUGGCCGAGUGAGUGUGAAUUGGGUCUCGUUCGUCUCUUCAGAGGAAAUCACAAGGGUUCCCGGCGGGAGACAAACCCACUUAGAGUGAGAGUCAAUAUGGAGGCCGGUGGGUUAGAUUCUGAUGGCCGGCAAUUCAACAACGCGGAGGAGAUGUGGAGGGAAGAGGUUGGAGACCACCCCAAGAAGUCCGAAUGGUACCAUAAAGGCGUUGGUUACUGGGAAGGUGUGGAGGCAUCAGUGGAUGGAGUAUUGGGUGGAUAUGGGCAUGUCAAUGAACCAGAUAUUAAGUCUAGUGAAGCAUUUCUCAAUACCCUUUUGGUUGAUCGAUUCCCAAGUGGUGAAGGAAACCGGCAUCUUGUUGCAUUAGAUUGUGGUGCUGGCAUUGGGAGGGUCACCAAGAACCUUUUGAUAAGAUACUUUAACGAGGUUGAUCUUCUUGAGCCUGUAUCACAUUUCCUGGAAGCUGCCCGUGAAAAUUUGUCUCCUGACAACCUCAUUGUAUUAGACUCCCACAAGGCCUCCAAUUUUUAUUGUGUCCCUCUUCAGGAAUUCACUCCAGAUGCUGGAAGAUAUGAUGUUAUAUGGGUUCAGUGGUGUAUCGGGCAUCUCACUGAUGAUGAUUUUGUGUCAUUUUUUAAACGAGCAAAGGAUGGCCUGAAACCUGCUGGACUCUUUGUGCUGAAGGAGAACAUUGCAAGAACAGGAUUUGUAUUGGAUAAAGAAGACCGAAGCGUUACUAGGUCAGACUUGUACUUCAAGGAGCUCUUUGAUCGUUGUGGAUUGCAUAUUUACAAAUCAAAGGAUCAGAAGGGAUUUCCUGAGGAAUUAUUUCAAGUGAAGAUAUAUGCAUUAACUCCUGAUCUGCCAAAGAAGGUAAAUCGGACUAGACCUAAAGCGCAAACCAAUAGACCGGGCAUCAUCAGGUGAGGAAUUAGAGUGGAGCUUUAGAGUGUUGAGCUUGGCUCGAUUACUAAACAAGUCGAUCCAAACCUUGAGUUGCUCACGAGUAGCUUGAUUUGUUUGCAACCCUAGUUAGAAUGCUUCCGUUUGGGUAAGAUGGAGAAACUUUACAAUGAGGGUACGAAAAUCCUGCAUAUUAUGAAUCAGUUUCUGUACCAAAGAAACUUUUGAAUAACAUUCUUCACUAACGUGCUUAAUUUCCAGUUUUCUUUUUAGGUUUUGGGCAAUAAGAUCUGAAUAUAUUCUGCACUGUUGUUUUC